CUACGCUAUCUUAAAAUUAAUCCAGACUCGACUGUCAACAUUCUACCGCUUGUUUAGUGGACGAGAAAGAGAUCCCCUUGAAUUACUGUUUAGUUUAUUGAUAAAGUAAUUACCAUUCGCCAUGGAGAACAGCCUGGAAAGAACAGGGGACAGUAAUCUGGACCAAGCUGUCCAAAAGUGGCUACAGUAUGACAAGAAUCCAAUGACUGCUGCAGCUGUGCAGGUCAUGGUUAAGGAGGGUGCCGUGUCAGAGCUGCAGAAAUGUUUCGGGGCCCGUAUGGAGUUUGGCACAGCAGGACUUAGAGCAGCAAUGGGACCUGGAGUCUCUUGCAUGAAUGACCUCACCAUCAUACAGACUACACAGGGUUUCUGUCAGUACCUGGAGCAGUGUUUUACAGAUCUGAAGCAGAGAGGUGUGGUAAUCGGGUACGAUGCUCGCGCUCACCCACCAAGUGGUGGCAGCAGUAAAAGAUUUGCCUCCCUUGCUGCUUCGGUCUUUAUCAGCCAAGGAGUUCCAGUCUACCUCUUCAGUGACAUCACACCCACUCCUUAUGUGCCAUUUACCGUAUCACAUCUAGGACUGAGUGCUGGCAUCAUGGUAACAGCCUCCCAUAACCCAAAACAAGACAAUGGAUACAAGAUGUACUGGGCGAAUGGAGCUCAGAUCAUUCCGCCUCAUGAUAAGGGCAUCUCUGCAGCUAUAGAAGAGAACCUUGAGCCCUGGCCAGAAUCAUGGGAUAUGGAUGGUGCUCUUCAGAGUUCCCUACUCAAAGACCCAUACCAGGACAUACAUAGAAAAUACCAUCAAACCAUACAACAGCACUGCUUUCACAGAGAGCUGAAUAAGAGUUCAGAGGUGAAGAUUGUCCAUACGUCAGUUCAUGGGGUGGGACAUAUUUUUGUCCAGGCUGCUUUUAAAGCCUUUGACCUUUGACCGCCAUAUGCUGUGGAAGAGCAGAAAGAUCCUGAUCCAGAGUUCCCCACUCUCAUAUACCCCAAUCCUGAGGAGGGAGAGGGAGUCCUGACACUGUCCUUCGAGCUUGCAGAUAAAGAGGAGGCAACUGUAAUUCUGGCAAAUGACCCUGACACUGACCGACUAGCUAUUGCAGAGAAACAGAAGAGUGGGCAGUGGAAGGUAUUCUCUGGUAAUGAGUUGGGUGCUUUGCUCGGCUGGUGGAUUUUCCAUUGUUGGAAGCAGCAGAAGGGAGAGGGAAAAGCCUCCAUCAAGAAUGUCUACAUGCUAUCCAGCACUGUCUCUUCCAAAAUCCUCAGAGCUAUCGCUAUUAAAGAGGGCUUCCACUUUGAGGAGACACUUACAGGCUUUAAGUGGAUGGGAAACAGAGCCAGAGAGCUGAUGGAUCAAGGAAAGACUGUGUUGUUUGCCUUUGAGGAAGCCAUCGGCUACAUGUGUUGUCCUGCAGUUUUGGAUAAAGAUGGUGUGAGUGCGGCUGCUAUUGCUGGCGAGAUUAUCUGCUACCUGGCUGCUAAAAACGUAAAGCUGUCCCAGCAACUCACGUCCAUUUAUGAGGAGUAUGGCUACCACAUUACCAAAAAUUCCUACUUCAUCUGUCACAAUCAAGACACCAUCAAGCAGUUGUUUGAGAGUCUUCGGAACUACAGUGGAGAGAAUUGCUAUCCUACAGAGUGUGGGAGCUUUGCCGUCACAGCCGUGAGAGACCUGACCACCGGCUAUGACAGCAACCAGCCCGACAACAAAGCUGUUCUGCCCACUAGUAAGAGCAGUCACAUGAUCACCUUUACCUUCGCUAAUGGGGGCGUGGCUACAAUGAGGACCAGCGGUACAGAGCCCAAAAUCAAAUAUUACACCGAGCUCUGUGCUGCACCGGGAAACAGUGAUCUUGACCAGUUGAAGACUGAGUUGGAUAACUUGGUUGAUGCCAUUGUGAGCGACUUCUUCCAACCUGAGAAAAACAGCUUGACUCCAAGACCAGUGUGACAAAGUACUGCAAAGAAUUACAAAUAAAUUCUGAACAUUCUACUUCUGCUCUUAGUCUUAACAUACCAUACCGAGCCACUUUUAUUAAUGCUUACAUAGCCUAUUCUUAAGUCUAAAUCUGAGCAACGUCUUUAAACACUUGAUUUUGAUACCAGAAAACUUUUUGAUCAUGUAGCUGUAACCACAUAAACAUUACCAUUGCCUCCUUAAAGUAAUAGUUCACCCCAACAUUAUAAAAAUUGAUUUAAUUACUCAUCCUCAUGCCAUCCCAUAUGUUUCUGACAUCCUUUCUACUGCAUGAUACAUUUCAGCUCUGUAGGUCCUCACAAUGCAAGUGAAUGGGUACCAACAGUUUGAAGCUCCUGAAGCACAUAAAAGCAGCAUAAAAGUAAUCCAUACAACUCUAGUGGUUAAAUCCAUAUAUUCACAAGCAAUAUGAUAGGUGUGGUUGCGAAACAGAAUAAUUAUAUUUAUACUUAAAAAAUAUUUUUCAUUUCCACUUUCACUUCCACAUUCUUCUCAUGCAAAUCUCCACCUACUUGGCAGGGAGGAGAAUUUACAGUAAAACAUUACUUAAAUAAUGAUCUGUGUCUCACCCACAACAAUAAUAUCACUUCUGAAGAUAUAGGGAUUUAAAAACUGGAUUUUAAACACUGCUUUGUGGAGCUUCAAACAUUUGGUACCCAUUCACUUGCAUUGUAUUGCCCCCCAGAGCUGAAAUAUUCAUCUUGAAAUCUUAGUUUAUGUUCUGCAGAAGAAAAUAAGUCACAUCUAGGAUGUAAAUGAUGAGAGAAUUUUAAUUUUUGCAUGAACUAUUCCUUUAACCAUGUACAUGGCAUUGUUUUACCUCUCAGUUUCCUAAGCUAGAAGAUGAAAUAAUAAGAAAAAGAAAAACAACAACUUUCAUUUGCCUUUACGACCUUGUGAACUGUGAAUGUAUUGAUGUUGAAAAGGAAGAAUGUUUGAAAUAAUGUAAAAGUCAUUUAAUUCUGUAGAAAGAUUGGUUGAGUUAAUUGACAUAAAUUAUUCCAUGUGCUGGAGCAGGGGACAAAUAUCUGGUUAUGGUUUUAAAAUGCAAACAACUGAAAAACAUCAUACAACAUGCGAUACACAAGGGAAAUACUGCAAAAUAACAACUAUUGAAUGCAAUCAGUAAUUUUCUAAUCCAGAAUGGUUUUUCCAAAAAACCUGCUGAUGAAAGCAGUGCUAUGUAAGUUCUGUAAGUGCUAUAACAGCCUUAUUGUGGAAGAAACUGAUAUCUGAAUUAUAGUAGUUGGUUUACAUGAUUCCAUAGCAUUCUCAUUCCAUCUGUUCGUGGUUUGUCAGUAAAUGUUGAUCAGCGAUUUAAAUGCCAAACCUGAGCAAUUCAUUCCAUAAUUUAUCUGUGAAGUAAGCAGGAUUCGCAUGUAUGGAAUAUUUUACAUUUGAAAAGAAGACUAAAGUCAAAACUGUUUAUUAAAUAGAGUUAUAUGACCUAAUUGAUUUUUUGUGUGUUAGAAUAAGGCAACUAAUUUUUUAGGCAAAUGGUUUUGGGUCUGAAAUUUAACAGAAAAUACUGUACCUUUCAAUAUACUCUGUAACACAAAAUAAAUCUCCUAAUAUAUUAGGCCCAAAUGCUAAGCCACUGGAUAUAUGAAUACACCUGUUCAUUUGGCAUUUUUUUUCAUGUGAUUUAAAGCAUUUCAGUUGCCUUUUCAGUUUAAAACAUUAGUUCACCCCAAAAUGAACAUUCUCACAUCAUUUACUCAAAUUGAUGCCAUCCCAGAUGAGUAUGACUUUCUUCUUCUGCAGAAC